AUGAACACGACGAUGAUGAAGAAUAAUUUCAGGAAGGCUAUUAUUCGCUUGGAUUUAUUCAAUCUUCACAUUCACGCUGAGGUGGACAAGCUGAUCAAAUUAAUUAAUUUCGUUCACUUCGGAGAACCGCAAGGAGACGAGGCUGCAAUUUCAUGGUCAAUUCUUAUGGACAAGCAAAUGAUUGAUGCAGUUGUUUUUGACUAA